AAAUAUAUUUUUUUAUUGUUUUGUAUAUAGAACAUUAAAUACUUUAAUAAACAAGAUAUGCAUAUAUGCGUAUUCAACAGACUCGAUCUUUCAUUCCAUUACAGCUCACUACAGUGAAUUGCCAUCCGUUCUACUCACAUGAUGCAAUGUAUUUCCAAGCAAAACAAAAUAUUCAAUAAGAAAAUUUUGUAGAAGAGACUUCAUUUUGUCUGUAUUCCCUUGGCAACUGACUGGAUGGGCAUUAAUAGAAUGAAAUCAAACCUUAAUGCAAGAUUGCUAAAAAAAAAAAAAAAAAAAACCUAAUAGCUUGUGAUGUCAAGAGAAACUGGCCAUUUAUGAGGCAGCAAGCAUUUCUGAAAAUGUAUCAAUGCACCAAUAAAUAGUUCUCAAUAAGAGCAUGCAUGUGUUGUGUUCAGAAUAUGGUCAUAUAUUUCCCCAUCCUCCCUGAAAAUAUGACACAUUUUGGCAAUAAUAAGUGGCAUCUGUGCCUCCCACUCUUUGAAAAAACGAAGCAUAAUCUCACCUCCCCUUCGCCUCACGGUUAGCGCGCUAGACUACGAUAGCUCAUUCAUACAUUCAGCCUCUCUCUCUCUUGGUAUGACUCACACACUCUUAGCCUUAACUCAAAGCCUGACUGCUCUCACACAUUAGCAGAGCUGAAGAGGAGACCUGCAGCUACCAGAAUUCAAAUCUGGAUCAAAGUGGAUCAUCAUAAAACAUCUGCAGAAUAAGGCAACUUGAGUACAUUCAUGGAAAAACAUAAUUGCCAUGGGAUUCCAAGGACAAGAAAGAACAAGAAACAGAAGAGGCAGAAUUUCACCUAACUGAAAAAAAAAACGGAAAAAAAUUGUAUAAUUAUAAAAAUUGUAGCGUUUCAUAUUAUUCCUUUGAAGAAACUCUUCUCACAUUAAGCAAUAAUGUUUACAGAAUGCCCCAAAACUUUACAAUCCAUGCAUAUGCUAUAUGGAACAAGAAAUUUUGCGAUGCUCUGAAUGGACAUAAAUGAAUUGAUUGUUCAUACAGUCUGGAAUAAACAGUACCUUAAGCUUUCAUCUCAUUUUAUGGAGGCCUUGCAUAGCCAGUUGACCACAGGGGAGCAAUCUGGAUGUUUAGAAAAUCAGAAUGAGACUCCAGCGGAAAGCCCCCAGCCACAUUCGGUCCCACAGUAUCAUGAACAGAACAAGGUUGUCACCGAGCAGCAACAUGCACAACAGCAAAAACAACAGAAUCUCAAUAUUGAGAGAAAACGUCUCCGAAUACAGAGGAAAAUUGCUCAGGAGACAGAAACUGUUAAAGAUGAAAUGUCAUCGAGAACUUCUGAAUUUCUUGACACUAAAAUGAGGCAGCCUACUGAAAUGCCAUCUGGAGAAGCCUCCUCAGCAGUAUCAGCUACACCAUCCUGUUCCACGGAUGAGGCCAUGGAAGGUACACCCAGACAAAAACGUGAACGUAAACCUCAAAAGCCCGGAAAGUAUGUGUGCUCAUACUGUGGCCGGGCUUGUGCUAAACCUAGUGUGCUUCAGAAACAUAUUCGAUCCCACACUGGAGAGAGACCUUACCCCUGUGCGCCAUGUGGGUUCUCCUUCAAGACUAAAAGUAACCUUUACAAACACAGAAAGUCCCACACUCAUAGGGUGAAAGCUGGUCUGACUGCAGAAACCGAGGGACCAGGUAUAAGUUGUUCAGAGGAGCCACUUACAGAAUCAGAUGAAGAAAGACAACGAUCUUCCUUUUUAGAAAAACAAAGAAUGUCCAUUGAAGAGCCAAAUGUCACAGAAAAGGGCUCUGAGGAACAGUUACAAGGUAUAGAAGACUCCCAUGCAGUUAAAAAGAGACUUGCAAUGAGACUUAGCAGAGGAAGACGAACACCUAUAGGAUCAUCUGAUGAAGCAUCCUCAUCAUUUGGUCUAAGUAGCAAAGGUAGCACAGAGUCUGGCUAUUUCUCUCGAUCUGAGAGCACAGAAGUCUCUCAAGAUAGUCCACCAAACACAAGUGCCAAAAGUUAUGCAGAAGUCAUACUUGGAAAGUUUGGUCGCCUUGGUCAUUUACAAAGGACUGCUCCUGAACAACAUGGCAAUCCUGCUGGACAAGAAGGGAAAAGAAUUCCAUUCACUGUACCUAAAAAGCAAGUUAUCGACCACAUAACUAAACUCAUUACCAUCAAUGAGGCUGUGGUAGACACCAGUAAGAUUGAUAGUGUCAAACCCAGAAGGUUCUCACUCUCUAGGAGAAGCAGCACAGAAGUGAAGCCAGCCUCUUCUAAAGAACCCUUUCUUUACAGUCCUAAAGAAAUAGAUCUGAGUGCAAAGAGCAGUGGUUCCAUCACUCUUGGUGUACCUUGUGAGAAAUUUCAGCACCAUCCUCUUAUUAUCCAGCAAGCUGACCCGACCACCACUGCUCCUCUUCUAAGAAGUCACUCUAUGCCCUCAGAUGCAGGUGUUAGUGAUCUGUCUGAAACUUCUCAUAGCCUUCGCCUUAGCCAAUCCUUUGAUGACCAGCAGCCAGUUCAGAAUCGGCGUCACGGUAUGCUAAGACGGCAACCUGCCAUUGAAUUGCCCAUAGGUGCUGAAAUGACCAUGGAGGAACAACUGUAUUCCAGCUCAACAUUUCAUCCAUCAGUUUCGACAGUGCCUCAUCCAAGCCUAAAACAAGAGACAUCUGAAUGUGAUGCAUGUGGUAUAGUUUUUUCUGACUGGGAGAGAUAUCAAACACACAAACAGCACUGCUGUACGGUUCAUAUUUCUCAACAAACUGAAAGUCAAGUCUACCAAGUGAAAGAACCCACAAGAACAGACACAACUCGUCCUGGUGCUUUUGCAUUUAGAAAAAGAAGGAAAGAAGAGAGUAUUGAACUUGAAGAUCCUUCUUUACCAUCUGCUUCUUAUAUACCAUUGAAAGGUUUUAAACAAUCAUGUGAACAGCCUGUUAAAGAGACCACUCAAGAACAUGGUACAGACGGUGCUUUGAAAGGAAUAUCUGUCAUACAGCAUACUAGUUCAUUUGAGAAACAUGAUAGUACUUUAAAAAACCCUGGACCAGAUGAGGUCUCUCACUCGCAUGAUGUCUCUCACUGUUCUCCUUACUCAGAAUCAAAGCAGCAAGCAAGUAAACCAUCCUUCCGUAAACUUGUACGCCAACACAAUGUGCCAGAAAUUUUGGUCACUGAAGAUUCAAACACCAACACAGUGGCAGCAUCACUCCUUCCAACUGUCCCAAAAAUAAAGGACAUUGAAAAAGUCAGUGAGUUCCAAUGGCCCCAAAGAAGUACAACUUUGGCCCAACUUCCAAUUGAAAAGUUACCACCUAAAAAGAAACGUCUUCGUCUCGCAGAAGCUGCCCAGUCAUCAGGGGACUCAAGCUUUGAAUCAAUGUCCCUGACUCAUAGUCCAAGUCAAGACAGUUGUGUGUCUCAUACCUCCAGUCGAUCAACUUCAUUUGAAGAGACUUGCAAAGGUGAUGCAGACAUGACUCCAACUAGGAGAUCAAGAGCCACUCAUACUUUGACAAUUCCCACAAAUUCUCACAGAGAAAUGAGGCGCUCUGCAUCUGAGCAGGCACCCCAUGUACCUCAACCUGCUAACCUUAUUAUGGAAACUCGCAGUAGGUCAUUCGACUACAGUAGUUUGUCUCCAGAUCGAACCACUGCAGGAUGGAAAGAAAGGCGGAAAUGCCUUCUAAUGAGGCAUAGUGCAGUGAGGGAACCUGAGGAGGAAGACCAAACUUCUAAAGCCAUCAACGCCAGUUCUCCAACUCUAAGGAAUAUCACAUUGCCUAGCUAUAGCCCAGGCACCUCCUACAGUCCAACCACCACCCAUCUUGUGACUUUAAGCAAUACUGUACACUCAUUUGGUGAGAAGCAGGUCAUGCAAUUACAGCAUAUUUUAUCAGAGAAUACCCAGCAGAAUGCAUUGCAGUUGACCCCAAUGAUACACACUGAUCAACCCACAACAGUGGGAAGUCUUCUUUGUCCAUCAGGUGCUGCCAGAGCUCACUAUUCUUCAAUGUCGACAGGCCUUAAGCUUGAAAUUCCACUAGAGAAUGAACUGGUGAAUUCUGAUACAAGGGUCAACCAACCAUACCUUACUCAUUAUCACCAUCAGAAUCUUGGUUUUGAUGUUACUUCAAACCCAGAACCAAUGAGACAUUUACCAGCUCAGAUAAUUCCAGUCCGUAUUAAUUCACACCUUCCUCAUUAUGCAGGCUCAAUUUACACUACAGUUUCAAAAACAUUUACUGCAAGGCCUCAGGAACCUUGCUGCUCUGGAGUCGGUUCAGUUGCAGUGGUUUCAAACCUUGAGAUCAUGCACCAACAACCAAUAUCUGAUGGAUCCAAAUCAGCAAGUGCUGGCACAACCAAACGUGUGCUGUCCCCCACGAGCGGUGAGGAGCUCAUCCCAGAAAGUGAACAACAACAAAAACGAGUGAAAGAGGAGGAGGACAAUCGAGAAAAUGAAAGUAGAAAUAAUAAAGUUUUGAUCGAAUGCAAGAAGGAAGAAAGAUUUGGUGAGCAAAGUGUCAUCUUCCCUAUAGAAGAGAAAGAACCUUCAUUUCCGACUCUUAACACUAACCUUAAUUUUAGCUGGUGCUAUCUAAACUACAUAAAGCCCAAUCCAUCCAUACAGAGUGAACAACAAAACUCUGUCUAUUCCUCAUGGAGUACAAGUACCCGUAACCCAUACCCUCCUGGCCUGACAAGCAAGGACAUGCUAGCCUUGUUGCACUGCAGGCAGAGACAGGAAGGACUCAUCUACACCAUGGCGGACAUGUCACCAUCGCUGGACAGGAAACAAGAAACACCUGACUCCCAAAAGCCUAACGUGACUGAGGUACAUGCCACCCAGCCCACAGAACUGAAAGAAACCCAGCAAACUGAGUUGACAGAGGUAGAAAAGAAAACAUCAGAGGAGAAGGAAGAUCAACUAUUUACUUCCAAAUACAGCUCACGGGUUCAGAUUUGUGAGGGAGGCUACAGGUCGAGUGAGGAGUACGUGUAUGUCCGGGGCCGUGGGAGGGGCAGAUAUGUUUGUGAAGAGUGUGGAAUACGCUGUAAGAAACCCAGCAUGCUGCGCAAACACAUACGGCUGCACACGGACGCUCGGCCCUACGUCUGCCAGCACUGCAACAUCGCCUUCAAAACCAAAGGGAAUCUAACUAAACAUAUGAAGUCAAAGGCUCACGGGAAGAGAUGUCCAGAGGGAACUGCUCCAGGACCGGUCCAGUGUGAGCUUGAGACAGAUGAGGGAGGUGACAGUGAUAAGCAUCUCCUCGAGACGGAACUAGUGGAGGAGCAUCAGUUCUCUGAUGCAGAGGAGACAGAUGAGGACGAGCCUGAAGAUAAUGAUGAAGGUGAUGAGCAAGGUUCGCCUAAAACCCCGUCUCUGUCCAGAGACCCUCCUGGCUCCUAUGGCGUCUCAGGCCUGUCAAACCCAGGCUGGGAGCAGCAUCCCAAAUUGCCUGUGAGCAUGAGUCCCCGCAAACCGAGCCACUACAGAGAAGCCUCCUCUCCUAAGACCACCAAGUCUGUCAUAACCCUUCCACUCCUCGAACCCUCCACAGGGAAGUGCUCGUCCCCCAUCCGCAGCCUGUCUCCUGGCCUGCAAAUGUCCCCUGCUUUACCGCAGUCUCCUGGACGAUGUCCCUCGCCGAGACUCAGUUUCUCACCAGCAUCCUGCCUGUCCUCUUUGUCUCCUUCAAACCGCCAAGCCUCACCUUUCCCAGAGAGACGUGUGUCCCCCAUUAGAGCCCUGUCCCCCAAACAGCCUGCGUCUCCCAGUUGUCCACUUGCACUGACCGUCGGGGCCAGUGUGACUAUUCAGUACCCAGCUGAUGAACCCAGAGAUUCAACAAAAACCUCGCCCAGCAGAUUACACCUCAAGACCAAACUGGAGAAGACACACAGUCCUCAGAGAAGGACCAGCAUGACACAGUCUUGGCCUCUGGCACAGGGGUGUCUCUCCAGGAACACACAGCCCAAGGAAGGCCAGCGCGUGUUAAGUCACCUGCCACUGCACUCGCAGCCCCAGGUGAUGACUCCCAGCCUCAGCCUCACCAUUCCCAUCGGUGGGAUCCAGAUGGUGCAGCCACGCUCCAAUAUACUGCUCCGGAGCGCAUCUCUGAACCACAGCGUGGCCCAGAUGACCGUCACCCUGCUGACGAAGGAGAAAGGGGCCGAUGGGAGUCCUCCAGGCGACGUUUCUCAUCCCAGAAAUCAGCUGAUAGUGUUCACAGAGCCUGCGGUGGAGAUGAGCUCGAAGAGCGACGCUUCCUCCGAUGAAGGAGCGGUUCAAGCAGAGCUCGGUUCAAAAAAGAAGGAGGUUCCCAGUGUUCCCAUGACCACAUGGAAGAGUAUCUCUCAAAGAAACAACAGAAAGCAUCCUCGAAGUCCUAAGAAGGCUCAGCCGGUGGACGCUUCAAGAACAUCCAUGGAUGCUAAGUGUUGAAGGAAAAGUUCAGCCAAAAAUGAAAAUGUUGUUAUGAUUUAUGCACACAUUUGUCAUUUCAAACCUGCGUGUUAGGCACGAUGAUUGGUUUUGCUCUUUCAACACAAUAGCUUUUGGUAUUGGCCAACAGUGUUGGCAAUAAAUGCGAGCUUGGGGCAAAAUGCAACCAAAAGGAACAAAAAUGCCCCCAAAUUUAAAAUAAGGGGGCCAAAACUUCCUUGAGUACAUUCAUAUCUGAGUAUAUAUAUGGCCUUUUAUCACUUCCGUGGUUAGUCCUUUCAGCAUCCCUCCUCCUCCCCAUCUCCACCUUUUAGUCAUAUUUAUUUAUUUAUCUUUCUGUCUAUAGAGUGACUAUCAGAGCUAGAGCAGAAUAGUCUCUCUCAGCCCUCCAUUGCAGACAUCAAGCCAAACCUGUUUAUCACUAAUGUUAAGUUUAUAUGGGCACACAAACCCGUGAAACUAUAUUAUGGCUGUAAUGUAAAAAUGAAGGAAAAGUGAUGAUUUUGGCAUUACGUUUAGUUCUGCUAAUAUUGCAUCUGUGUUCUUCUCAUCAGAUCUCAUCAUUGGGUUUUUUUUGUUUUGUUUUUUUGCAGAAUUGAGCAUCAUAACCAGUCACACAUUUCUGUUGAGCUUAUGAAUGCAAAGACCAGUCAGAGGCGUUUAGAUUGGUCACUGCUGAAAACACCAGUUUUGUUCAGCGUCACAUUCACUGAAUGAAUUGUGCUCUCUUGUCAAAUAGAGUCUUGAUUUUCUUAAGCGUAAACUGCAAUAAACUAGUUCAUAAAUGGUUCUUAAGUAUGUUUUGUCUGUGUGGCCUAGCCAGAUUAUGACAUGUGGUUUUCCCAAACAUUUAUAGUUCCCCCUUUAAUAUUUGAAAAUUAAAUGUCAUGCAUUGUGUAACACGGAUCUAAGGCCCUGUCCCAAAUGGAAUACUUAAUGUGCACUAUCGGACAUUGCACUUACAAUGACCGCCGUGUGCGCAUGUCCAUUAAGUCCACGAGACCGUUGGGUUCCCCUUUCGUCAUUUUAGCAUUCAGAACUUUGCACCCCUUUGCAGCUGUUAUGUGCCCUCGAUCUGCACUUUUGCAGAGUCCGCACUGGGGCGAGCUCCGCAGCAAACUUCAACCUGACAGUCAAAGCGACAUUCUAUCACGGAAGUGCGACCUCAGAGGACGACUGUGAGGGCUCAUGGUGCCAUUUGGGACAGGGCCUAAGUGAAUGAAAACAUCCUUCAAAGUUUUAAAUCUGAAAGUGCACCCUGUAUAAAGUUAUUGUCUCUCAGAAGAAAGAGUUGACCCUGAAUAAUUGAAACAAGUCAUUUUUAAAAUGAAUUAUUGCCUGCCCACUUGUUGGUAUUUUCGCAUUGUUCUGAAUGAUAAUGUACAGUAUAUUAAUUUUUUGCCACUAGGUGCCACUUUUGAAACUUAAAAAUAGCAGUUUCCCCGGUAACGCUGUACACAAAGCAGCACUGUGCUCACAAACGCAGCUUUAUCAGGCGUUACAGGCUCAUGAUGAAAUGACACUGACCAAUCGGACCGAUCACUGCAGAUUCGCAACACGCAAAAAAGGGGUUUGAAAAAAAUGAUCACUGAGUGAAUCGUUUGGGAGACGUUGAGCAAGUAAGGUAAAAAAAUAAAUGCUAAAGACAAUGAAAAUGUUUUUUGACUUUGCAUGAAUGUCCACCUGUUGUUGUGGACUCCCAAAACCAAAAUAUGAAAUAAGGUAAUUAGACUUUUUUUUUUUUACUCUAAAAAUCCCCAAAGUGGAUUAGUGAAUUUCUGACCCUGUUGACCAACAUGUAAAAUAUUCCAUCAUGCACUAUUUUUGAAGAUCGAAAGGCAAGAUUUUCACAGAAUAACACCUUAAAGGGGUCUUGAAUCAAACUAUGAUUUUAUGGAAAAUUUGUUUGAAAAUAUUUCUUGUUAGUCCAAAAGAGCUUUUAUUGAAACCAAGUUUCCAAAAAGAACUACCUCUGGGUUUUUAUGAUGUUAUAGACACGAAAACAUCAGCAGAGUUCAAUUCUACAUCAUUGAUUUUUUUUUUUUUUUUGACCUGUCCACAGGCAGGAGAAAUAAUAAAACAGGAUCAUAGUUUUUGCAGGCUUUGCAAAUAUUCAUUUACAGAAAGAUUAUGGACCCACCACAUGCAAGCAUGUUAAAAUAAGGACUCAUUUACAGUCACAUGUUCACAUAGCUGGUUCUUUCCCUGCAUGGGAUUUCUUAAUUUUCUUAAAAUAUCUAGGUUUUUGCUCUCUACAGUCUCAGAAAAAAAAAGGUAUAACUGGAAUGCACAUUUUGGGUGCAAAGAUGUACUAUUUGAAAGGGUACCAUCCCAGUGAAAGCUUUUGUACCUUUUUUUCUGAGAAUGUACAGUAUUUACACAUAUUUGCAUUGCUCUGACCAUCUUUAGACCCCACCUUCUCGCAUGUCACAAUAGGUUGAUUAUGAACAAUCCCUGCAUUCAAUCACUGUCAGUCACUUCAGUUCAGCGAAACAUCUGCACUCUCACCAAAAGCCCAUGUUUACUUCAUAUCUUCACUGUGCUAGUUAUGAUGAAAGCAUCCGUCAGAGUGUAGAAGUCAAAUUGCAUUGGCAGAUCAUUGCAUUCAUGUGCUCAACAGACUUGAUUGAUCACCUACAUGCUAGCUGUAGAUCUAAUGCUAACAAUCAACACGUUUUACAAUUAGUUAGCCAUGGGCAGCUGUGAUAUCAAAAACACAGUAACACAGUAAAAGUUUUCAAAAGAGUUGCUCAUGUAACUCUUAUUUCGUAUGCAAAGUUGUUGAACAAUUAAAAGAGACAGCAGAGUGUUUAUAUCAUAGGGUUAAAAUCAAAUAGCCUUUGAUCUCGAAAUUAUCACAGUCACAUUAUAAGUGUAGCUCGGGAAGCAUAAAAUACUGAAAAAUGCGACCAUUGCAUGGUUUCAGGAGACAUGAUUUGUAUUUUUAUGGUAUUUUAUAGGAUGCUUUUUGUAGCAUUCUGCCUAACAUGCUGGUUUGGAUGCAUGAGGAAAUGAUGAGAGAUUUAUUUUUUUGGGUGAACUAUCCUUUUAUGGGUCUGUCAGAUUUUGGGUAGCAGAGAAAAUGUCUCAGACCAGGAUUGAAUCAUUGGACUAAGCUUUGCUGAAUCAUUUUGCUAGUUAUGUAGAUGUGUAGAUACAAUACGUUCCUGAUCUAUGUACAUUUUCCUGUCUACAGUUCACAUUUUACAUAGACCUACCACACAUGCGCAUUUAUGUGUGUGUGUGUGUGAUAUGCAGUGUAAAAUGAAUACAUUUUAUGUAUUUAAUAAAAUAAUACAUAAAUAUAUAUGAGGUGCCAAUAAAAUCCAAGUCCCAUUUUUCACAUUUUAUUGUGUUACAGCAUGGAGGCAUUUAACUAAGGAAUUUUCCAGUCAUCAUGAGGAAAAUAUAUCUAUAUCUACUGUAAAUCUUAGUAGAAAUCCUACUGUACAAAUGUAUGUUUUUAUAUGCAUUUAUACUAUAUUCUAUGGCAUUGCAGCAUCUGUUUUUCUUUGUUGUAUGUGAUGGUCGGUAGACUAUUUUUGGCCAGCAUUUGAAACACUCAUGCAUUUCCAGUAAAUAGACUAGAAUGUGGUCAAACCCAGAAGAUGAGCAGCUCUGGUUGAUGGUUCAGUUGUUCUUGUGGUGUUGGUUAUUUAGUCAGUACGGUGUGCCUCCCGUUGUGAUGUACUCUUUCAGACAGGACAAAGUAUUAUCAGAAAUAUAAGAGUUACAGGAAUUUACAUUGAAAGAUAGUUUCAAGAGUCUGUUGUUGCUUUACCUAUCUUUAUUUUAUUCUAUAAACUAUGCACAAAAUGU